AUGGAUCUCUCUUUCUUGUUCCUAAACACUUCCGUAGCUGGACUUUUUGCCAUACUUGUGUUUUCCUUCUCUAUGAUCACAGUUUGGAGGCUUAGAACUGCUGCAGCAAAUGCCAAACUUCCCGAACCACCAAAAGUAGCAGGCGGGUGGCCUCUAGUAGGUCACCUCUACCUAUUCAGACGGCCCCAGCUUCCACCCCAUAUAACGUUGGGAGCAUUGGCGGACAAGUAUGGACCAGUCUUCAGCAUCAUAAUUGGCAUCCACUCCGCCCUUGUGGUAAAUACUUGGGAGGCUGCAAAGGAGUGCUUCACCACCAACGACUUGGUUGUUUCUCAACGUCCCAAAACUAUAGCCGCUGAAAUCUUGAGCUACAACCACGCCAUGCUAGGGUUAAGCCCGUACGGUGCGUACUGGCGUGACUUGCGCAAAAUUAUAGUCCAAGAGCUACUCUCAAGCCACAUGCUUGAGCAAUUCAAACAUGUUCGAGAAUCUGAAGUAGUGAUGGCCACAAAAGAGGUAUACAAUCUAUGGACCAAAAGAAACGAUUCAAAAGAAAAUGGUUCCGGACAACUUUUGGUGGAGAUGAAGCAGUGGUUCAACGAUUUAACUCUAAAGGUGUUUUUUAGGAUGGUUGCUGGAAAUAGAUAUAAUAAUUUGGGUGACGAGAAAGAGGAAGUUCGGUGUCAUAAGGCCGUGAGGGAGCUCUUUCAUUUUAUUGGAUUGUUUGCCUUUGGGGAUGCUGUUCCAUGGCUUAGGUUUUUGGAUAUUGGAGGGCACGAAAAAGCUAUGAAAAAAACUGCCAAAGAGCUCGAUACCAUAGUUAUGUCCUGGUUGGAGGAGCACAAGCAGAGAAGAGCAAAAGAUGGAGACAAUAAUCAAGAUUUCAUCGACCUGAUGCUUUCAGUCCUCGACAGACAAAAUGUUGCACAACAUGAAUCAUUUGAUGCUGAUACCGUCAUGAAAGCUACAGUUUUGAAUCUGAUUGCUGGAGGAAGCGACCCAACCUCCGUGCUCAUGGGCUGCGCAAUCUCAAUGUUGUUGGACAACCGCCAUGCUUUGAAGAAAGUCUGUGAAGAACUAGACAACCAUGUUGGCAAAGGAAGACUAGUGAAUGAAAUAGAUAUCAAUAAUCUCGUGUACCUGCAAGCCGUUAUUAAAGAAGUGAUGCGUUUAUAUGCAACAUUCUCGGGCUACAGAGAAUUCACCGAGGACUGCAUUGUGGCAGGGUACCAUGUCUCGAAAGGCACGUGGUUGAUAGUGAAUGCGUGGAAGAUUCAUACUGACCCACGGGUUUGGGAUGACCCGAUGGAGUUCAAGCCGGAAAGAUUUCUCACAGGCCAUAAGGAUGUUGAUGUCAAGGGUCGGCAUUUUGAGUUAAUGCCUUUUGGUAGCGGUCGAAGAGCAUGCCCUGGCAUAAAUUUGGGCCUUCACUUGACGCUUUUGAUCCUGGCUAGUUUUCUGCAUGCGUUUGAGAUCUCUACUCCAACAAAUGCAACUGUUGAUAUGUGCCAAGGAUUUGGAGAUUCCAACAAGAAAUCUACCCUACUUAAAGUCCUCGUCGAACCUCGCCUGCCUCCAAAUCUCUAUGAAUAAAUAAUAAAGAUUGGGGAAGCAACUUCAGAAAUUUCUCAUAUAUGAAUAAACAAAGACUGGGCAAUUUCUGUCGAAGUUUCUCCUAUAUGGAUAUUUAAACCCCCCAAAGAGGAGCUGUAUCCUUUUUCUUAUCUCUCUCAAAUGGUCUUGGAAAAAAGAUGGAAAGUUCUUCAUUUUGCAUGGAUACAUCCAGAUCGUCAGU